GUAGCCUGAGCUCAGUUGUGAGGGCGGUCGUGGAUGUGGAUAGAGCGUCGCGCGUACGCUCUCACAGCGCAGGAUCUCUGAGGAUUACAACCGCUGUGAAGGACCCUUACUGCGCUUUUUGGAAGGACUAAUUCACUGUGGAUAUACUUACAAGAGAGAGAUAUAAAGAGGGGAUUAGUAAAAGGCUGAGCUUCCAUUAUCAUGGAUGGGGUGAAGGUGCACCUCGUCUUUGGGGCAGUCUUGGUGGUGUUUGUUUCAGACAUCUCUGGAUUGUCUCCGCCAACCAUUGUGGCCAAUCAGGAAGAGUUUGUGCUCCAGCCCAACUCUAUCUUCAACAUCAGCUGUACUGGGAAAAAGAGUGUGGUGUGGGUUGAGCCCUUGCCAGAGAAUACCUUUGUUUAUCCUGGAUAUUACACCUCUACCCUCUUCAUUUUCAAUGCAACCGUGGAGAACACUGGAUAUUACAUGUGCACCUAUGUAACCCACGAGGUCAACCAGGAUGCAGAGGCAAAUGAAGACAAUGAAGCGGAGAUAUAUGUUUUUGUCCCAGAUCCCCAGGCUCCUUUUGUCCCCGAGACUCCUGAUAACCUGGUGGUGCCCAUGGAUCUAUCUGGUGUCACCAUCUCAUGCCGUGUCUCUUACCCCAAUUAUCAUGUGAUCCUGAGGGGUGUCCCCAGUGGAGAGGAGAUGUCAACUUUCUAUGACAACAAAAUGGGCUUUUUUGGAAGUCUUUCACCUGGCCAGUACCAGUGUGAGACCACCGUAAACGACCAGACAUUCAGAAGUGCCAUCUAUACUGUGGAAACUAAGGCCUCUGAGGAGGCUGAUGACUUUGACGUGGAAGUCAGAGCGAGUGAGGAGAUGCUGAGAGUGGGGCAGCCUCUGGACAUCACCUGCAUUGCUCCUUCUGGCUCAAGCUACAAGCAGCAAUGGCUUCAUCCAAAAAAACAGGCUGUGGGAGCAGUCCAACUGAAACAGGCUUUUCCUGACCAAGUUGUCUACACCCUCAGUAUCCCACGAGUUACCGCUCAGGACAGCGGUACCUACGAGUGCUCCAUCACUCACAUAGUCAGCGGAGAAGUCAGAGCCAGCAGUGUGGCAGUCACUGUCUCCGAAGAAAACUCCUUUGUCGCUCUGGACCACAGUGGGAUUAUAGCAACGGAGUUUGUCAGCAUUUUAGAGGAGACAGAGUUUACCAUUCUCAUUGAUGCAUACCCGGCCCCCAAAGUCAUGUGGCUAAAGGACGGCAAAGCCAUAUCUGGGAACUACUACGUCCAGACUGAAACCAGCCAUACUGGAGGCAAUCGGUAUCAGAGCAUUCUGACAUUACGGCAACCUCUCGAAAAGGACAAUGGAAACUAUACCAUCAUAGCACAGAGCGGCUCUCGCACCGCUCACUUCUCCUUUUUCCUCAGAGUGAAAGCCUCCACCGCAGUAAUGCUUCCACCAUCUGCUGCCCCUGUUCUUUUGCCUGAAAUGGAGGAGAUGGAGGUGGCCUUGAACACUCCUUUCACCCUGACUUGUCGCGGAGGUGCUAAACUGGCCUGGGAAACCCCCAUUGAUGUGCCCAAGCAAACACAAGAGGACAGCAGUGGCCUGUUUGUCACCACCAUCACUGUUGACAAGGCCACAGCGAUGCACACUGGUUACUACACAUGUUUUUACAAUAGAAAUAUGACUGAGGACGCAGAGGACAGCAGCAUCUACAUCUAUGUUCCAGAUCCCGAUGUUCCCUUUGUGCAAUCAUCUGAGCCGUUCGGCAACCACAUCUUAACCGAACAUGAGGAGAUGGAGAUUCACUGUCGAGUCUCUGAUCCGAGAGCUAAUGUGACCCUGAUUAACGUUGACACCCAGCAGCCUGUUCCUUGUGUGUAUGACAGCAAGAGGGGUGCUUUGGGGCUAUUCACCGCUGGGACUUAUAUCUGUAAGGCCCUUAUAAAUGGAGAGGAAUACUACAGUGAUGAAUACAUUGUCCACGGUUGGACAGGUGGUGGUGCGUUGCGUGUUGAGCUGACAGCUAAAAGGACAGCUCUACUGGCUGGAGACACACUCGCUGUCACUUGUGUUGCCCAUGGAUCUAAAAUCCUUGAAGAUCACUGGAAAUACCCAGGGAAACUGGCUAACCGUGCUAUAAAAACCGUGCACGAGAAUGAUAGAGAUCAGCAGAUCCUUUACAACCUGACAAUCCCACAAGCUUCAACCAAAGACAGCGGCAUCUAUUCUUGUUCCAUCACCGAUAUUGUGACGAAUGAGAGCCAGACAAAACAGAUUGCCAUCCAAGUUUUUGCUACUGAUUUCAUGUCCGUCAAGCCGGAAUUCAGCCCAUAUGAAUCUGCAGAGCUGGACGGGGUUCAGACCUUCAUUGCUGAAAUUCUAUCUUUUCCAAGCGCUCGUGUUAUUUGGCUAAAAGACGGCAUCCCAGUCAGCGACGUUACCGCAGAGAUCUCCACCAGCCUGCGGCAGACUAGCGAGACCAGCUAUAUUAGUGUUCUCACACUGAUCCGUGCCAAAGAGGAGGACAGUGGGAACUACACCAUGCGAGUGGAUAAUGGAAACCAGAGUCGGGACAUCAGCUUGAAUUUGGAGGUCAAAGUACCGGCAGUUAUUGUGGACCUGAUGGACAUUCACCAUGGCUCAGCCGCAGGCCAGUCUGUAGUGUGCAUAACAAGAGGACAACCCACCCCUGUGGUGGAGUGGUUCAUCUGCAAGAAUAUCAAACACUGUGCCAAUGAUACCUCAUCCUGGGAGCCCCUCGCUGCAAAUUCCAGUGACAUCACAAUGGACUCGCAUAUCAAUGAAGACAGCAACCUGGAGAGUCAAGUCCUAUUUGGUCACCUGGAGAGCACCCUGGCAGUGCGAUGCCUGGCCAAGAAUGAGAUGGCUGCAGUCAGCAGGGAGAUCAAACUGGUAUCAAAUGGCCGUCACCCUGAGCUGACUGUAGCUGCUGCUGUGCUGGUGCUCCUGGUCAUUGUCAUCAUCUCACUCAUUGUGUUGGUUGUUAUUUGGAAACAGAAACCCCGAUAUGAAAUCCGCUGGAGGGUUAUAGAAUCCGUGAGUCCUGACGGCCAUGAGUACAUCUAUGUGGACCCAAUGCAACUUCCCUAUGACUCCAGAUGGGAGUUUCCUCGUGACAGACUUGUGCUUGGUCGCAUUCUGGGCUCUGGAGCCUUUGGAAAAGUGGUGGAGGGAACCGCUUAUGGACUCAGUUGCUCCCAACCUGUCAUGAAGGUGGCAGUGAAAAUGCUGAAACCCACAGCACGAACCAGUGAGAAACAGGCUCUCAUGUCUGAACUGAAGAUUAUGACUCACCUGGGACCCCACCUCAACAUCCUUAACCUCCUUGGAGCAUGCACAAAGUCAGGCCCUAUCUACAUCAUCACCGAGUACUGCUUCUACGGGGACCUGGUCAACUAUUUACACAAGAACAGGGAGAACUUCCUCAGUCUCAACCCAGAGAAAAACAAAAAGGAGCUGGAUAUCUUUGGGAUCAACCCUGCAGAUGAGAGCAGCAGGAGCUAUGUGAUCCUGUCCUUCGAGAGCAAAGGAGACUACAUGGAUAUGAAGCAGGCUGAUAACACUCAGUAUGUCCCCAUGCUGGAAAUGAGCAAUGCCUCUAAGUACUCAGACAUCCAACGAUCUAACUAUGACCACCCUCCAUCGCAGAAAGACUCCAGUGAGUGUGAGAUGAGCAACCUGCUGUCAGAUGAUCUGAAUGAAGGCCUCACCACAACAGACCUGCUCAGCUUCACCUACCAGGUGGCCAAAGGCAUGGACUUCCUCGCUUCCAAAAACUGUGUGCAUCGGGACCUCGCAGCCAGGAACGUUCUUCUGUCUCAGGGCAAGAUAGUGAAGAUUUGUGACUUUGGACUGGCUAGAGAUAUAAUGCAUGACAACAACUAUGUCUCCAAAGGAAGUACCUUCCUGCCGGUGAAGUGGAUGGCACCAGAGAGCAUUUUUGACAACUUGUACACAACUCUCAGUGACGUCUGGUCCUACGGCAUCCUCCUCUGGGAGAUAUUCUCCUUAGGUGGCACCCCGUACCCAGGCAUGGUGGUGGAUUCAAGCUUCUACAAUAAGAUCAAGAGCGGAUACAGGAUGUCAAAACCCGAGCAUGCUCCAAGUGACGUGUAUGAGAUGAUGAUGAAGUGUUGGAACAGUGAGCCAGAGAAGAGACCUUCUUUCCAGGGUCUGAGUGAAAAUGUGGCCUCUUUGCUGCCCUCCAGCUACAGGAGGCAUUAUGGGAGAGUGAACCAUGAGUUCCUGAAGAGUGACCACCCAGCCGUUACUCGAGUGUGCAUGGAAAAUGACGAGGAUUACAUUGGCAUCACCUACAAGAACCAUGGCAAGCUGAAGGACCGGGAAAGCGGCUUCGAUGAGCAGCGGCUGAGCUCUGAUAGUGGCUACAUCAUCCCACUGCCUGACCUGGACCCAAUAUCAGAUGAAGAGUAUGGGAAGAGGAACAGACACAGUUCUCAAACGUCUGAAGAGAGCGCCAUUGAGACGGGCUCCAGCAGCUCCACCUUUGCAAAACGUGAAGGCGAGACUCUCGAGGACAUCACGUUACUGGAUGAAAUGUGUCUGGACUGUAGCGACCUGGUGGAGGACAGCUUUCUGUGAUGACUGCCUGGCCUGCAGAGCAGGAACAGCGCCGAAACGUGGGGGUGCAAGGACACGACAACUAGAGCAAGGCCUAUAUCAACCAAAGACUCAACCCUUGGUUCUCUAGCCCCACUUUCCUCCGCUCGAUCGCCCUAUCAGAACACUGAACAAAACCACUUAUUUGUCUGGAUGAGUUCUUGGUGACCCACGGUACGCCUGUCACGUCUAAGGGACAGUUGGCCCCCUGUGGCCUUGAGAAAUGGUAGGGGAUUGAUGAAAGCAUUACGCAAUGAGGGGACUCAAAGAACCUUUGUAUCAGACCUGUAGAGAGUUUGUCUUUCUACUCUGCAGAACUUCAUUCUAUCGGGCAUUUUCUAACAGCAUUAUAAGCAAGAAGGGAUGAAAUAAACAAGCUGGUCAGCAACUGUGCACGAAGCCACAGGAUGUUACUCAAGCAAAACACACUAAACCACUACAGAUGCACUAUUUAAACUAGGUGAUUCCAUUGAUAGUAACGGUAUUAGCAGGUGAACUCACCUGCUAUGAAAUGAGCACCUGAUGCUGGCACAAUCAGUAGCAAUACUUGGAUUUAAAAGCACAAAAUCUGAACUAUGUGCAUUUUUUUUGUAAAGGACCACAUAUUGUCUUUGAUGGGUAAAUACAUGCAAUAAUGCAAAUUUAUUUUUUUACUUCAUCAGUAUGUAAACAUGUAUUGUUUGUGAAUAUCAAGUAGCUAUUGACCAUUGCUGUUUGAAUGGUAGUGAAAGAAAAGUGCUUUGAGGUAGCAUGCGUCCUUGCAGUGGCUUACCUUUUCUGAGCAAAAUAAAACAAAGAAAGAAAAGAACAUUUCAUCCUCCUUUAAAGACCUUGGGAUUUGUCAAAUGAAGUGUGAUUGUAAAUGUAAAUAGCUUCAGAGUUUUAUAUGAAAGAGAAUUAUUGGAAUAACACUCAAGUAUUUUAUGUAAGCACAUAUUAAGCUUCUGCACCCUUAUCAGCCGCUGUGAAUCCAGCACUGUUGACAGAUCCUACAAAUAAAGGACAUUUUUCUUAAAUGCUUUAAAAUAGAACAUAAAAGAACACAGAAAACAGCACACUUAUGUAUUUGCGUAUUGAUAAAUAAGUGUGUUUUCAUGUUUUUGACAAACCAUGUGUAGUAAUAGUCAGUUCAGCACCAACAAAUAAAACAAUUGUAAAAUAAAAGGGAUUGAAACAUGUUUAUGACUGCAUGCCAAAAUGGGAUAAAGACAGGUUAACUCUAUCAAUUAGCAAUGUUCUAGCAAAGGUUGUGUUCCCCAGUCUCCUUCUUAUCUACUGUCCUGAGGUCUAUUAGUAGGUUCUAGUUAUAAUAUCAAAAAAUAAACUUAUGAAUCCGAUAAGAUCACUUGUAUGUAGACUCUUCAUGGCUCUCUGCAUCUUCCUGCUGCUGUAUUAGCUGUGUCACUGCCUCUGCAUCUUCCUCCCAUUGACUGUGAUAUGAACUGCAAUCAGCUGUUGCACUUUCCUCUUUUCCCCUCUUCACUUUUGGACGUUGAAGACAAGUUAGCCAGGCUGACCUGAAAAAAGAAGAAGAGAAGUAGUCAUGCUCUGGCCUUUGAUGUUUAAAGCUGUGUGGAUGUGAAUGUUUGUGCUGAAAAUAAGUGAUGUGUUGUUGUUGUUGUUGUUGUUGUUGUUGUUGUUGUUGACGGUACAGUUUCUGUAAUCAUAGAUAAUCACACCCAGUAUGACGAUUUAUUACUAUGUUUCAUUAUUUUACAUCAUGUACAUUCAGAUGAUUUAUAUUUCAAUAAAUGUUAUACAACGUUU